GUCGAGUCUGCAUUGCGCAGUCGAAAUCUUCCCAGCUGGUCGGGGAGGUCACCUUCGUGGCCUGCCUGCAGGUGGGCAGGUUUGAAGAUGGCAAGCUGGUACCGUGGAGUGACAGCGAGGACGACAGGCGCAAUUUCAUUGGUCGGCCGGAGAAUUUGACGAAGCACUGCAUCGAGGAUCUCGGAAUCGUUCAGUACCCGCGGGUUUUCGCAUGGGUCAUGGACCAGCGGCAGCGCUAUGAGAAGCCGGUGCUUUACAAGCACAAGAUGGGAUGCGUCAAUUGGGUCAAACUCGAUUGGCAACACGGCCAGGGAGCUGUUAAGGCGGCUGACCCUGUCCGUCGAUCCUGCUCCUCCGCUCCCGCCGGGCUGCCACAGCGGAGGACAGACCGGCGCAACUCAACAGUUGCUUCUUUGAGACCGAAUGGCAGCUUCCAGGUGCCCUUGGGUGGCUGUUCACAGGAACCGCUGCUCAAGCGAGCCCCACGGCUAAUAUGCGAUGACAACGAUGACAUAGAGGACGUCGACGAUGACAAGGGGAUCUACGAUUUGACGUAG